AUGCGUCCCAAGAAGCGCGGGAGGCCGAGGAAGAGCGUAGGCUCGCCAGAUGAUGAAGCCAGCCCGGCACCAGAGAGCUCCAAGGUCGCGAAAAAGAGAGGGCGGCCGUCGCUAGGCGGCAAAGCAAGAGACCUAGGCCAAAUGCAUGUGCACCAGGAUGAAGCGACACCACCUCAGCAGAAGCGGAAGCGAGGACGUCCUUCGUUGAAGAGUCGUGAGCCGGAAGAUGAAGAGACACCGAGGCGUGGACGACCACGGUAUAGCGAGGAUACCGAAUCUCAAACUAGCUUGCAAAGCAGUGGCGCUGCGCAAGAGUCUGACGAAGAUCAGCUGCAAAACGAGACCCCAAAUUUGAAGCAGCUGCCCGCCAAGCGAAAAAGAGGCCGGCCCUCUCUGCAGGCUCGACGGGAGGAAGAGGAGACGCCAGAGCACGACGACGACGUCCCUCCAUCGCCUUCUAAACCAUAUCCUCAUAUCUCGCCUCACAUCAACCGCGUCCGCCAAUCCACAAUCGAAUCUAAAUGGAGCCCCCUACCGGAUUCUACCGUCUCAGCCGCUUCCUCAAUGCUCGCCCUCGCCCACCGCCCUAUCCUCCAGCGCCUCUCAACAUCUGAGCAGCAUCACACCCAUACCUCCGCAGCGCUGCGUCUCGUUUCUCACCGCAUCACACGGAAAAUCGCCCGAGGCAUUCCCUUCCCCCCAGCAAGUAUGCCAUCUGCCCGGGUACCUCGCGGGAGACAAGCCGGCAUCGUACCAGGAGCCGCUGGCGUGAGUGACGGUCGUGCCACAGAGCUGGACUUUGAGAGCGUGCUCGACGCGAAGACGGCCCUGGAGCGGCAGCUAGACCCGGCGCUUCACGCUGUCGAGUUGCUGGCGAGGGAAAAGGAGAAGCUGGAAAGGGAGCUAGAGAGGGAUUAUGAAGCGCUGCGCAAUUUGGAGAAUAGUGCCAAGGCCCAGGGGAGGGAGUAUCGCGGCUUGUUGAAGAAGGCACAUGUCCUGGCACCAACGCCCGAGACAGUCCAUUCCCAGCGGAAACAAAAGGCAGAACAGGACAUGUCCUUUACUCACUCUACUGGCUCUCUUUCCGGAGGUCUCUUUAGUGACCUCCAAGACCCAGAGCUCAAGUCUCUGGCUCUUCAGCUCAGCGACCACAUGGAAAGCAUCAAGAGCAACCUCCAGCAAGCGGACGGAAUCGUACCGCAGCUAGCGCGUAGUCGAGCCGCUCUGCAAGACGUAUUGUUUCGACAGCUGAGUCAAGAGCAAUAUGAGCGUGUGGUGCUUGGAUAG